GGAAAAUACCCAUUGGAGUCUCAGCCUUGAAGCCCACAGCAGUGUGUUUACAGUGAUUGAGGACUCGGUGCAGGAAGAGUUAAACAGAUGUGGAGGGGAGUUUGGAGCUGCCAUGAAUCCACCUUCACAGAGAUGCGGCGCCUCCUCGCACAGCUGACUGGGAACACAGGUAGUCCGUCCGAAGAGGGCUGUCUGUCGGCGUACUUGUUGAUAUCCGGGCUCAAACAGCGCGGUGAGACAUGCGGAGCGGGAAGCCGGCGGGUUGGCGGUUCGGGUCGUGCUGAGGAUCUGUCUCUGCCAUGUCGGAGACAGAGGAGGGAGAGAUGGGUUAAACCCCGGCAAUUGUAACCCAAUAUCGACGCCUUCUGCUUUUUUUUUUCUUUUUUUUUUUAAACGCCUCUGCUUCAUCUUCGUUUAUGGCUGCGGAUUGAUUGAUCACAGAGCUGAGACCACAAUGAAAGAAAAGAAUAUCAACAGUAGUCCGUAGUCCUGGAUGUUUGCAUGCUUCCUCAACUCAAAGUCAUCAUGGAAAAAUCCUUGGAUCUAAACAAAGCUGGCUCUCGGUCGACAUCGUCCCUGCCACCUGAGCCAGUGGACAUCAUCCGCAGCAAGUCGUGUUACCGCCGAGUCCGGCUGAAUGUUGGGGGUCUCCCACACGAGGUCCUGUGGCGAACGUUGGACCGGCUGCCUCGGACUCGUUUAGGGAAACUGAGAGACUGCAACUCCCAUGAUUCUCUGAUGGAGGUGUGCGAUGACUACAACCUGGAGGAGAACGAAUACUUUUUUGACCGACACCCAGGGGCUUUCACGUCCAUCCUGAACUUCUACCGCACGGGCAAGCUGCACAUGAUGGAGGAGAUGUGUGCCCUGUCCUUCAGCCAAGAGCUCGAUUACUGGGGCAUUGAUGAGAUCUAUCUGGAGUCCUGCUGCCAGGCGAGGUACCACCAGAAGAAGGAGCAGAUGAACGAGGAGCUGAAGAGAGAGGCUGACAAUUUAAAAGACAGAGACGGAGAGGAAUUUGACAACACCUGCUGUGCAGAAAAACGGAAGAAGCUGUGGGAUCUGCUGGAAAAGCCGAGCUCAUCCGUUGCAGCAAAGAUCUUGGCCAUCAUCUCCAUUCUCUUCAUUGUGCUAUCCACCAUUGCUCUGUCUUUAAACACCCUUCCAGAGCUUCAGGGCACAGAUGAGUUUGGCCAGUCCACAGACAACCCACAGCUAGCGCAUGUGGAAGCUGUUUGUAUUGCUUGGUUUACCAUGGAAUACCUACUUCGCUUUCUCUCUUCUCCCAAUAAAUGGAAGUUCUUCAAGGGUCCUCUCAAUGUCAUUGACCUGCUGGCAAUUCUACCCUACUAUGUCACCAUCUUCCUGACAGAGUCCAACAAGAGUGUGCUGCAGUUUCAGAAUGUCCGCCGUGUGGUUCAGAUCUUCAGGAUUAUGCGUAUCCUUCGUAUCCUAAAGUUGGCUCGUCACUCUACAGGUCUUCAGUCUCUAGGCUUCACACUCAGGAGAAGCUACAAUGAGCUGGGCCUGCUUAUUCUUUUCCUCGCCAUGGGUAUCAUGAUCUUCUCUAGUCUUGUAUUUUUUGCCGAGAAAGAUGAAGAGGAUACAAAGUUCAAAAGCAUUCCGGCUUCUUUCUGGUGGGCCACCAUCACUAUGACCACAGUAGGGUAUGGAGAUAUCUAUCCCAAAACUCUGUUGGGAAAGAUUGUGGGGGGAUUGUGCUGUAUUGCUGGAGUGCUUGUAAUUGCGCUACCUAUUCCCAUUAUUGUGAAUAACUUCUCCGAGUUCUAUAAGGAGCAGAAAAGACAAGAAAAAGCCCUUAAAAGAAGGGAGGCUCUUGAGAGGGCAAAACGAAAUGGUAGCAUUGUUUCUAUGAACUUAAAGGAAGCUUUUGCUCGUAGUGCAGAGCUCAUGGAUGUAGUAGUAGAAAAGAGCGAGAGACCUCAUGACAACCACCUGUCCCCAAGUCACUGGAAAUGGGCGUCCAAAAGAGCUGCAUCAGAGACAAGUUCAAACCGUUCCUUCAAUGCCCAAGAAAUCGGCUCUCCCUGCAAAGCUCGAGACACCAGUCCCCAAAGAUUGAAUGUCGAGAAAUUAGAAGAGAUGUACAGCCAGAUGGCAAAGACACAGUCACAACCUAACCUCAAUGCAAAAGACAGAGGGUCCAGAGUUAGUAAACAGAGAGAUGAGAUAGAGCUUGGAGCCAUUCAUGACUAUGGACCAUCAGUGCUAGGAGCCAAAGAUGGAGUGGGGGACAUGAAAAGCUUAUCUAGCAUAGAUAGCUACAUCAGUUGUGCUACAGACUUCCAAGAGAAUCCACGAUAUCCCCACAGUCCAGCAGCAGACAUUGGUCUUAAAGAAAGCACACGGUUUACUUUUGGUCCAGUUACAGUUUUGUCUCAGCACAUUAGUAAAAAAAUUGGUCAUCAAAUCAUAGGGCAGCAUGAGUCUGUGCUGAGUCCAGGAUUAAAAUCCUCAGGCCCAGAGAAUACAAGAAGAUUCUUGUUUUCAGGAAACUCCUCAAAAAGCCUUAAAGGAGGCUGCCGUAGCGACGGGGAUUCGGGGCCGUCCCCACUUUCAGACAGCUCAGUUGUCUCAGACCAGUCUCUUUUGAGUCCCGAAGCAUCUGUGUACACCACUGCCAGCAGCAGGACCCCUCCAAAGUCACCAGACAGCACUGCCAUGGCCCCUACAGUUUUCACUUUCCAUGACUCCUCAAUCAGCAAAUACAUAGAUGCUGAUACGGAUGACGAUGAGCACCUCCGGGACAUUACUGAGGCCAGUCCCUCAGAUCGUCUACUGGCUGGUGGCAGCCCAAAACGCAGUAUUAACAUAAAUUACCAGAGGGGGACUAACCAUUUAGAAGCAGCCCAAAAGAUGUUGGGUCAGAACUGUUACUUUCCCCUUGAAGGUAUUCGUGGGAAAGCUCAUGAAAAUCAUAUAGGACCUGACCCAGCACGUAGACCAAAGGCUGAGAGGGGACGACAAAAUACUUUGGACAAAGGCCUUUGAAGUAUAGGUUAUCAGAGACACAUGGAACGCAGGUGGACAUAUGGUUAUUGACAAAAGCACCUGGCAAACAGAGCUACUCAAUAAGCCAGAGACAAAGAAAGGUAUAGAGAAAAAGGCUCUCAUAUUUCGCAAAUAACCUGAGCAUGCCGCUAGGGCAACAAGCUAUGUCAAUACAUGUUGGGAAUACUUUGGAAGAAAAGUACCUUAAGUUGGAGAAUGUCACUGCCCCUCCUUUGAGUUAAUUCCUGUGUGCUAUAUUUCACAUCGACAAAGAACACCCCCAAAUAGCCAGUGGGUUUGUUUAAAAACGCCGAGUCAGCAGAGAGAUUGAGCUAUGGAUAUAACUGGAAGUAACACAACAAAAUAAUGAUUUCAGCCAAAGGGUUUUUUCAGUUCCAUAAAAAAACAAAGUCCACCUUCUUGUAGUGACUCCCAAUUAUUAUUAUUUUUUUUAUUAUUGGAGACAUACCAGAGGACCUAGAAGCCUAUAAGCUACAUAUUGUGCCCUCCAUUCCCAAACCUGGCCUUAAUCAUUUACAUUUGCAGGGGUGUGCAUACGUGUGUGAGAUAAUUUGAAUAUGAAUGAGUGAAUUAUGAGAAACUGAUGUAAACAAAAUCUUAAAACAAUCUAACCUGAUUUAUUUUUUUAUAGAUAAGAGAAAGUCCCUUAUACAGAAGUGAUUUGCUUGUCUACAAUGUCAGAUUUCUAUGUAAUACAUAAGGUUUAAUGUCUUUGCUUAAGGUCUGCAGUUAUCACAGGAUCCCACUCAUUUCUCAUUGCAUGAGCCUCAUGGCCUCUCUUUAGCAUCUGUCCUGCUAUCUUUUAGGUUUACAUGUUGUGUAUAGAAUGGAUGAAUAGAGUCUGCCACUGGAUUUUUUUAGUAUUGUAUGACGUUUUAUGAGGAUAAAGGUGGACCUUAGCUGAAAUAUUGGUUAAAGAAAAAUGAGAAACAUCUCAAUUGCCUGCAUAAAGUGAUAGCACAUGCACACUCCCACAACAUCAACUUAAAAACAUGAAUUGGCAAUGAAUACAGUUAUAGAAAUGCUUAAAGUGGACUUAUCUUGUAAUGUUUUACAAUGUACUCACAUGAAGUUCACAUUUGAGUGGCAGAUUCUCAGAGUGUGUAAGCUUUGAUUUGACUGACAUUGAGUUUUAAAUAGUUGAAUAGGAUACAAGAACAAAAAAAAUGGGCUUUCCUUCUUGUUUCUCAACGUAAUUAAUUCUAUUAGCACUGACUAUGUUCAAGGAUGAUUUUAUCACCAUUUAUAUAUAGUCACCAGAUUUGAUCCUCACUCACAAAUGCACACGCCUGUUGAAGAUAGCCACCGGCUACAUAGAUACCGAUAUUUUCCAUGGAGACAUGAUUCAACCAACAUUGCUUUCAAGAGGAAAGCAAAGGUUUGUUAAUUAGUGUUGGAGGUCUGCAUGUCACAGAUGCUUGUAGGCAUAUAUCCUCACUGAUUAAAGACAUGUCCAUAAUGUGGCAGGAGUCUAUGAUAGUUGCAUGCCAAAUUCACUCCUCACUGUGUGUUUUUUAUGAACAAUGUGUCAUUACAAACUUAUGAUGUAAGAAUCUGUAAAGUUCAGCAAAUGCUCCAUAUCCAACAUUUUUGUAUCUUUAUAUCAUACCUCAGAAAACUAAAUUCGCCAGCUUGUUUACAUUGCCCUAUACAGCACUGUAAAAAGGUGAUAGCCCCUCACACAUUUCUUCAGGGGUUUCUGUUGCUUUUUUUGACAUGCUUAAGCAUUUCACGUCACCCCAAAAAUUUUCACACCCAGUACAACUAACCAGUGGGAAUACAAAAUGAUGUUUUCAAGUCAUGAUUUUAUUUGUCCGCCUUUUUUUAUUUACGUGUGAUUAACUACAUUAUUUUUUUCAUCAAGGGUGGCAAUUUCAUAAGCCACCCUUAGGGUUGAUUAUGAUCAUAUCAGGGGAAUUUAAAACAAGAAACCAAAACUCUUUAAUAGUAUUUGUCUGACAACAUGAACCAUAGUAAGAGAUUUCAAACUAUUUUUUUCUUUAAACAAGGCAUAAUGCUGAAAAACCAUCCAUUGUGUUUGAAUUAAAACAAUUCUGCAAAGAACAGUGGCCAAAAAUUUCUCCUUAGGGAAAUAAAAGUCUCUGUCAGUUUACUCAAAUACCUGAUGGGAGAGUUUGCUGCCAGCUAUGAGGGUUAUGUGACGAUUACUUUUAUACAUAGGGCCACAUUGUUUAGGUUGUUUCCCCCCCCUCUAAUAAGGGAAAACAUCAUUUGAAUAAUACAUUUUUUAUUUCCUCAGGCUAUUUUGUUAGAUUGGAAAAUCCUUUGGUGACAUUUAAGUGAGAGAAGAAAAAAAGCAAACAUAAACAAACAAAAUGUGCAAGGGACCAAAUCCUUUUUACAGCACAAAACAAGCACAAGUAUGGCCAUGAGGGUCUGCAGAUGUACAUCUGCAGAUGUACCAUUCUUGCUCAGUCUAUGCCACUCUGACACCACUAAGCUAGGCCUAAAAUAAAGAGGAAGAGCAAGCAAAUUUUCUUUCAUUGAUUUAUGUGUUUUUUUUAGAUGGAUAGAAGAACAUCUCCAAACUAGAAAGACAUCUAGCAAGGAAUUCAGAACUUGCUGAUUAUUAUUGUUGAGUAAUAAAGCACAGCAACAGCCAUAAUUAAUCUCUUUACCUAAUUUACCAAAAGACAAAGCAUCAAAAAUUAAAAUUUUGGUCUAAUAUUGUAAUGAGCAUAAUCCCUUGUUUAAAAAGAUGCUCCAUACUUCAUAUCCACAAUACUCUGCUGGUUGCCACUCGCUCCCAUCCAGGAGUUAGCACCAGGUCAGUGCUCCCCUAACUACAUUAUGCAAAGUGGACAAACUAUUUUAUAUCUCUUCAAAUAUUCUAUAACCAUAAUAUGUACUGCUUUAACAUUAUUUAUAGAAUGCAGGUACUCCAGAUACUCAUCAGUGGAAGACAAGAUGAAAUACCUUAUGUGGCAUUGUUGCAUUCUUUAUCUGAAUUCAGCAGAGCAUCAAGUGACUCGUACUACUUCUUUGUAUCUUCUUCUGCAAAUCAAAUACCAUCAGAUUUUAUGAGACAUGCAAAUUAAUGCAGAUUACAUGUCACAGAUUGCAAUGGCCUUUGAGAAACUGUUGUUUUUUACUGUCUAAUCAACUUUUCCUCUACAUGAGUACACAAACCCUCAGAUAAUAUGGCCGAGCUACUCAGCACUGUGUGAUGUUAUUUGCUUGGCAGACCAGUUUGAAUGGUAACAUUUGAUUUUGUUAGACUUUGUAAAUUGUUUAGAUGAUAAAACUCUGGUUUUUAUCAAUUAGAUUUGUUUGGUUUUGUUUCGAUCACACUGUCAUUUAGUAAAUGAGGCUCAGAGUCAUGUUGAAGAAAUAGCUACAUCCCCUGCAUAAAUCACUCAUUCAUUAUUAAAAAAAACAAUCUUUCAACACAUAGUCAUAGGACAUAGUCAUACUGUAAAUCAAAAGUUUGAACAUUUGGCAGAAAGUACACUUGUAGCUCAUGAAAUACACACAGAAAAUAUCCCUAAAAGCAAAUCGAAGUUUGGUGGUGUAUGAUCAAUAGAUGUAGCUCAAUUUCACAAAGUAUAACAAAAUCAAAAUACUGUCUUACUGUUAGGUGGGAAAAAAUGUCAGUAACAGAAGUUAGACAAAAAUCCCAAAAUAAAAACAUGUGAAACAAGAUAUUUUUUCAUUUCCAGCAAAGAAAGAAAUAAUUCAACAAAGAAAAAAAUGAAUCACAAUCUGUGCUCCAGUCUAUCAUCUAUCAAUAUUGUGUUUCCCAGUUCCAUCAUUAAAACACAUGAUGAGGAAACAUGAAAUUUCAGCAGAGUUUCCAGGACUGGUAGAGUUGAUCCCUCCCUCCAACAUUUCUGGGGUACAUAUGGUAGAUUUUUUCCUUUAAACUCUGUCAUUUUUUAUGUCUUCUUUCAUCACACCAAGGUUUAUGGGAACAAAUAUGUUUGUAAAAAAGGAUCUAAGUCAUUUACAGACCCAGACCAACUGGUGAAACAGUAAGUAAAAAAGCCAUUGGACUAAAAUGAAUGUAGUUUUUAAAAGUAAUAACAGAAUCCAACUGAUUUAGAUGUUUUUGACUUGUGGUGAAAAAUCCAAUCACAAAUCCUGAUUCUGUUUUCAGUUUUAAUCACAGAGUUGGACCAUUUCAUAUUGCUCUCCCUUAGUGAGAGUAGCUGAGGUGUGAAAGGAAUAGCAAUGACUGUGAGGAGCAGAGGGGAGCCAAGCUUGUUUGUGUGUGCGUUACCACUGGGAAGCAUUAAAGCAGCAAGGGCGCUGCUUAAUGGAAAAGAAUGAACUGUAUUCAAUGGGAAUGUGUGUUUGUGUUGUUGGAUUCCUGUUUUUAUUUUCUUCCCAAGUACAUCUGCUAUUUUGGCUGAAACAAAAUACAGUAUAAAGAGAAAAGAAUAACAUUUUUUUUCCACAUGACACACAAAAAUAAAAUUUUAUAUUGCAAAUGGCAUGUUUAACACUAGGGUAAAUACUACACAAUUCAACCUGUAUUUCAGCAUCUUAUUUUUUUAGGGAGAAAAAUCAAUAAACUGUUAUUUUAACAAGUGCUCCGUUAUAGUACACAUUCUGCUACUAUCUAAUAAAACAUUGCCAUAUGUCUAACGCUUGACUACUGCUGCACAAGAACUGCUGGAAGGCAUUGCACAUUUCCUCAGAUGGACAAUAAAAAUGGCUUUGUUUACAUUCAUAGAUACAUGUAUUCUGUUCUCGAUAGCCAUGUGUGCUUACAUCGAAUUUGAUGAUUUUAAAUGGUUAAUUUCUGUAAAAACAGCUGCUAAUCAUUCAUAACCAGCAGUCAAAUAUGUGUCAUCUUUCACUAUAUGGUGACCCCUAAAAAGAAAUUAUAUUAUAUUUCAUUAUAUGACAGUCACAGAUGUCCUUUAAAGUUAACAAUGUAACCUAAAAAAAAGUAUACAUACAAAAACUGCUCCUGAAGCAUCAUGUGAUCCUUUUAUUUGUUUUUUCUAUACUACAAUAUAGUCAGGGACCAUUACUGCUGAAAUAUCUCUGAACAAUGAUGACAAUCAAUAUUUCAUCAGAAAGCAGCAAGCUCUACUUCAGAGAAUUGAGAUUUAUUGUGAAGAUACAAAUUUAUAGCCAUGCACAAACACACCCCUGCUGAAAUAAGCACCAGAAUCCCAACAAGUGUUGAUACUUUUAAUCUUUUUGACCAAGAAAACACUAGGCAAGAAGUUGAAUUUGAUACUUAGACUGUAAUACUGUGACACAGAGCAAACAUAUUAUUACAUAAUGUAUGUUCUUACAAUUAAUCUCGUUUUUAUUUGCUAGCAGAAUUAUUUGGGAUUGUUAAAGUGGGGUUAUGUGGAAUAGUUGUAAGCAGUUAGUAUCUUGUGUAAAAAAUAGUUUUCAAAAUAUCUGCUUGGAUAAAGAGAGAUUAUUUUUGGCAUUGAAAAUCAAGGUAAUGAUUGGUUCAGUUUCAAAAUGUUGCAUCUUAAAACUCCAAUUUAAUUAUUUUAUUGCUUUACCAAUCUUCAAUCUUCAAACUAUAUUUACAUAAGAUGGUUAUCCAAUUCACUUCAGUUCAUUUAUAAAGAGCCAGUUAACAGAAAUGAUUAUUUUCAGACUUUUUACAAGAAAUGUAAUAUCCAGUUCAAAUCUAUGUAUAUCAAAAUCAAUAAUCAAAUUAAUCAGAAUCAUACCAAUACAAUAUGAUCAUAUCCACAGUUUUAUAUAUUCAUUUACAAAAAGGACCAAUUAUUCAUUAUCAUAAUAUAAUUUUUGAGGUAGGAGGUUUUUUUUAAGAGGGUAGAAAUCCACUUUGUCUUAAAAAAAAAUUAAUCAGGAAAGAUACUGACCUCUACUCACUGUCCACAGAACCCUAUUUAAAAAAAAUCAAGUUGUCUUUUUAGGGCAUGCCAGGGUGCUCCAAUUUUAAUGGAAGCCAAUAUGAAACGAACCGUACAAAGCACCUUUUAAUUUCCUAACCUCCUAGUAGAGAUAUUUACUCAAAUUAAAAGACUAAAUUAUGUUUGUGUGAUUUUAGUUAAAAAAAAAAAAAAAACAUUUCAAGAAGAGCACAGAUUCUUUCAUUAUAACCAUACUCUCAAUUGUCUUAUAAGACUCCCAAGUGUACAGAUAAAUUCAUUAGGUUAAAAUCUAAAGUGUAAUUAGGUUGUUAGCUGAUAUAUUUCACAGUUUAAAAGUUUAAGUCUUCUGCAUUUAUUUGAUAGAACCCCAUAGGUCCUUUAAAGAGCAUGUGGUAGUUUUAAAAACCCAAUAAGAAUUUUUUUUAUUAGCUGCACACACUGAAUCUAACACUGUAUUACAGGGUUGGGGUUGAUUCAGGAUGCCUUGAUGGAGUACACUCAUCACAUGCGACACCACAUAAAUGAGUAUUAUUAGAGAAUGAAAGUACAAUAAAACCAACAGUACAACACAAAAUGUCAGAUAUAUUUUUUUAAGGUUUACACUCCAAGUGGAAUUGACCCCAACCUUGCCUAAGCCAUUGAUCUUUGUAAAAUACACACUGUUUCCAGGGAAUUAAAUAAUAAUAAUAAAAAAAGAUAUUUGAACGACCUUAGCCAGCUCUUAUACGAUGUUGUUUGUAGGUCUCGAGGCUGUCUGUUUUGUAAAAGAAAAAACCACAGAGAACAUUUUUACCCAUUGACUUUCUAUGCUGUUGUUUCUGUAUAAGUGUUCUACUGUUCAGUGCAUGUUGUAACUUUGGCGUUGUGACUGGUUGUGAUUCACACAGAGCCAGUACCUGUCAUGUACAAAAAAAAUGUGUCUGAAUGUCUUAAGAUAUUUCUAUUUCUUAUGAAAAAGCAACAUUUCCCUUGAAUGACUCAAAAUGAAAUAAAGCAAAUCACUUUACAGUUU